AUGUUCACAUCGACGUCAACAUCUACCACCACCACAACAACAUCCACCACAACAACCACCUCAACGACCACAACUACGCCAGUAUUAUCGUGUAUAGAUUCAACGUGGACACUAUUUGAUCGAGGAACUUAUUCAUGGUGUAUGAAGAUUUACAUCGGUGCAACUACCCUUGCCCAAGCCACUCCAAAUUGUCAAACUCUGAACACGGCUGCUGUUCCAAGUGGAUUUCAAAAUGUUGCAGAAAUGACGGGCAUUUGUGCAACAACCACUUUAGAUAUUCGACCUUGGGUUGGAGCGACAAGAACCUAUGCAUGUUUAUCACAAACGUUGACAGCGACUUGUACGGCUCUGACUUCUUUUGAAUGGACUGAUGGUCAUACAACUGGAACUGAUGGAUUCGUUUGGACACCUGGGAAUCCGGAUAAUAAUGGGCUUACGCAAGGAAGUGUAGUUAUCACAACUACGACGGCAGUUUUGGAUGAUGAGUUUAAUGAUUUGACAGAAGCUGGGGUGGUUUGUGGAAUGGAGGCGGAUUAUUAUUAA